AUGAGUUUAUUAUCAAAAUCAUCAUUUCCUUUUGCUCGACAAUUAUUCUCUACAAUAUUAGCACAACGAUUAGAAAUAAUCAAUGAUCAUAUUCGUUUUUAUUCACAAUGUAAACCAACAGUUGAUAAUACGCGACAAUCAGAAUUUCGUUUUACUUUACCAAAUGGAAAUUUAACAAAUGAACAACGUCAAUCUUAUGAAAAAAAUGGUUUUCUUGUUAUUCGUAAUUUAGUUAAACCUGAAACACUUGAAAUUUUUCGUAAACGUUUUCAAGAUGUAUGUACAGGAAAAGUAAAAGUUUUAGGUAUGACUGUUAUGAAAGAUGUUGCAAUUGCUAAAUCAGAAUUUUCUCAUGGUGAAAAAGCAAUAACAAAAAUUCAAGAUUUUACAUUAGAUGAUGAACUUUUUAAAUAUUGUUGUUUACCUGAAAUUGUUGAAUAUGUGGAAAAUUUUACUGGUCCAAAUAUAAUGGCUAUGCAUACAAUGUUAAUUAAUAAACCACCUGAUCCAGGAACUCAAUCAUCUCGACAUCCACUUCAUCAAGAUCUUUAUUAUUUUCCAUUUCGACCAGUUAAUCGUAUUAUUUGUGCAUGGACAGCAAUGGAAAAAGUUAAUCGUCAAAAUGGAUGUCUUGUUGUAUUACCUGGAACACAUACAGGUGAACUUCUACCACAUGGAUAUCCUGAUUGGAAAGGUGGAGUCAAUAAAAUGUACCAUGGAAUACAAAAAUUUAAUCCAAGUGACGAACGAAUACAUUUAGAAAUGGAAACAGGUGAUACUGUCUUUUUUCAUCCAUUACUUGUUCAUGGUAGUGGAAUGAAUAGAUCGUCUGGUUUUCGAAAAGCUAUUUCAUGUCACUAUACUGAUUCAGCAAGUGAAUAUGUUGAAUGUGAUAAUACUGUACAAGAUUUUAUUUCUAAAGAAAUCACAGCUAUUUUUCGAAAAAGAACUGGAAUUGAAGAUGCAGGUUUUCAUGAUGUAUGGAAACUUAAAAGCCGACUUGUGAAAGGUGAACGGAUCAAUUUGUAG